AUGAGCAGUAGUACUAGGGAAGAGCAGGCCGAUUCCACCGCCAUUCAUUCCUCCAUUGCUCUAUUGCAGGAAAGGUUCAGAAAGCUGCAGAAAGUGAAGGAAAUGAGAGAGGAAAGAGAGCUCAUGAGAAUCCUCGCCGAACCAAAACAACACAUGAAAAAUCUCAACAACGUCCCCAGCAUGCAUUGUGACCAAUCAAGGUCCUUUUUCCACUCCGAGUUUAUCCUUCCACCACCACCAGGGUCGCCUCCCCAAGUUCCCCUCCCCAUUUUGCCGCCAUCUCAGAGCAGACAAUCGGGCUACAGUGCUGGCUACAGCGACGGCACCGGCACACUCUCGAUGAACUCGUGGCCUAUAGAUCAUAUACCCUCUUCGGCAGCGCUCACUCCUUCGAAUAAAUUCAAGGAUUCCGAUUCUGACACAGAUGUUGAUACUUCUCUUCAUCUGUAA